GAAAUAAUAUACACAAUUCAUACUUCUAUAUGGUAUCAAGAGCCAUUCUCUAAAGAGCCAAUUCUUUCCUAGAUUUUUUUCCGAUCAACAUGAUCAUCACUCCCACCACCACGGUAAUCCCUAUCACCGCCACUACCCACUUCCCCAUCAAACUUAUCACAUCCAAUUUUCCGGUGUGGAAGUGUCAAGUUCCUUCGGCCCUUAUCGGGCUUGGCCUUGAAGCAUAUGUUGAUGGCACCGUUAAAGUUCCUGAAUUGUUCACCGACGAAGCCAAAACUCAGGUGACUCCCUGCUACACCACGUGGUUCCGCCAAGACAGAACCAUCCUCAGUGCAUUGCUCGGAAGCUGCUCUGACACCAUUCAGCCCAUCAUCUCAUCGGCCACAUCUGCCCGUCAUGCCUUGGAGAAACUCACUCUUUUCAUUUCAUUGUUUCUAGCUCCUAAAUCUAGCACACCAUGCGACGAAUUGGGACGGGGUAAAAUCAUAUUCUUAAGGAAAAAUAUGGUUUCAUGUUGGAGGUCUCACUUCACCACAAGCCAGCUGCCCUCCCUAGUGAAUUGUUAUCUAUAGAUCUAUAUGUUUAUUGAACUCAUUUUUCUCCAAGCGAAUAAAACAACAAAUAACCAAAUGACAAUGAAAGGAACAAAAGUUUUUAUAGAAGAACCCAUCGUAAUGCAGAACCCAUCAACCUUUUGCAUUCUUCUCAAUACUCCCACAAUUUGUAUAUUUUCAAAACAAUUUGGGAAGCAAAUAACUCAGUUCUCUCAAAUCAACAAAUAGAUGAGCUCAACAUGCUAUAGGAAGCUUCCAUCCCGAUCGAGUCGAAGACUUCCUUUAUAUGUGAAGGAGUUUAGAGGCUCUAGAUCGAUCUUUCUUCGAUCACUGUUGAACUCCGAUCGACCAGUUUUGGAAGCUGAUGAUGCCGGCACUUGAUAUAUAUAUCUUGGAGAAUUGCGACAAGAUAUCGCGAAGGAGAAGUGAGCUGAAGGUUAAAUAUGAGACUCUCAACAUGUAAAUACGUCUGAAGCUUAAGGAGUAUUAAAAGUGGACUGCACGAAUCAGUCACAAAUGAUCUGUCCGAAUAAGUCAUACGUAACAUUAAGUCAUAAGUAAAAGCAACUAUAUAACUGAACAAAAAGUCGAAUAAGUCAUACGUAGUACAUAAAAAAAAAUCUAUUUAACAACGAAUGGGAAAUUACAAAACAAUAAACAACGAAUGCUUUACUAAUAUAAUUGUUAAGAUCCAGGAUUUCAUCCUACAAAUCAACCUAAUAGGAGUAGGUCAAACCCUUAUAUAGUAUUUAAUUGUUUUAUACACGCCCCCUCAGCCCGAACUGGGCUGGACAAUAUCGAGGUGUAUAAACGGGCCAAACAAACUCUUAACAAGCUACCCUUCAUCAUGAGUGCUAAACAAGCCGUCAAACCACAACCGGAAUUGACUCUGAUACCAUGUUAGGACCCAGAAUUUCAUCCUAAAGUCUUAUAUAUUGUUUAAUUUUUAUAACUUUACGGUGUGAGACAAAAGUUUAACAAUAAUUGUAAGUGAUUACAGUAGAAGGCUCUCUGUUCGAAUCAUAACAAAAUUAUGGAUCUUAU